UUUCCAAAUCCAUCACGUCUCAACUUUUCUAAUCAUUUCGAUAAUUUCGAACCACCCACCACAGACGCCAACGCCAACGCCAGCCUCUACUCCAACGACUUUUCGAAUCCUUUUCCUAUUGUCCAUUACCACACGGACCUCAUACCACCAAAAAUCCCGGUACUUUAACGAAAUAUCGCAUUGCGUUUGCGUUUUGUUUUUGAGUCAAGUAAUUUCAUCAACUAUCUUGAUUCUCUUCGCUCAUUUACUCCCUUUUUUUUUCUCUUUUCUCUUUUCGCUAUUUACUUUUCGCUUUCCCCUGUUCCCUGUUCCCUUGUCUGCUUCAUUCCUCCUCUUUUUCUAUUCCCCUCCCCCCCCAAACGUGAUAUCAAGAGCCCUCCUUUUCUUGCCUCGGCUACAACAACUUAUUACGACGACGACGACGUUUCGAUUACUUAAUAUUCCGCAAUCGAAAAAGAAUACAUAGGACUUUCCCUCGCUAGCGCAUCCCACAUCAUUUACUCUACUUAUUAAGCGUGGAGACAAUUGAUCUUCUACCCUCCGUCGCAUCUUCUGCCUUUGCCUAGCCAGGCAGCCUUCUUGUUCAACGGCCUGCAACGCCGAUGCGCAUGUCGAGAAACGACCUCUAAUUCAACGGCGAAGACGGUAGUGAGGGCUGAAUACCGUCAUAGGGGUAAACCGGACUAGUAGAUACCCAUGAGCUGGCAACAGUUCUCCACCAUGGGAGCUGGUGGGAAUGGCCCCGGGAUGCCAGGCGUUGGCGGCGGCCAAGAGAUGCCCGGGGGAGGAGGACCUGGGGGUCAAUCAAACCAGCCGCAUGCUACUGAAUAUACUUUGCAAGGUGUUAUGCGCUUCCUCCAAACAGAGUGGCAUCGACACGAAAGAGACCGAAAUGCCUGGGAGAUCGAACGUCAGGAGAUGAAAGGCAGAAUUGCCAACCUCGAGGGCUCGGCUAGAAGAGCGGAUGCCACACAGAAGGCUCUCAAGAGAUAUGUGACCAUCCUAGAGAAGAAGGUAAAAGACCAGGCUGCCCAGUUAAAGGUCGCCUCUUCUACUCCUUCUAGCACCGACCAUUCUGUAAAGCAACCCCCUAAAAUCGAUAGGGCAUCCUCAAUCCAGGAGAAGUUGAAAUCAUCUUCUGAGAAACCUAAAGACUUGGUACCUGGCCAAGAGAGUCUAGCAAACGAGCGUGUACACGAGGAUGAUGAGCGCGAAAAUCUCCGGGUCUUCCUGGACCAGUGCCAGGCUGAAUUUACUUAUCUUAUGGUCACUCCAGCUAAUCCCAUUCCUCCUCGAGAGUCGCCGCCAUUGCCUUUAAUCGACGAUCUAAGAGAGGGAGAUUUCGGGCUUCCUAUCGGUCAACAGCCACUCGAGUCAGCUUUCAAUGGGCUAAGGAUUAACAAUCAGAACCAUUUGAAAGACCCUGCCACCCGGGGUGGCGCACCAACCACGAACAACCAUCAUCUACAAAUGAUGUCACAGGCAAAUUCGGGGGCGAACAUGCCCCAAAGGAACGCUGAUAUACAAUCUGCGCCUAUGGUUCGGUCUGGAGAGGGUCCCGCACCCAUGUACUCGCACGCCGGUGAAUGGUCCGCCUCCGGUCCGGCCACGGGCCGUAUACAGGAUGACCCAAACACAAAGCCCAACCACUCGAAUGAGUCCGCGCGUACUGAAUUUUCCGAAGGCCAGUCGGAGAGGCGAGGAUCGGUGGAAGCGGACGGUUGGGAUUUCGGCGAAGGAACCUUCGAUACACCCUCCACGCAGCCUAUGCAGCCUCUUACACACCGUCCAGAUACCGACGCCUUUCCCAAUGCCGAAAACCUACCAAAGUCUCCCAAUCGUGGCCCUACUUCUCACAGGAGGAAGACUUCGAUGUCUCGUAGGAAAAGUGCGGACCAAGAACUCUCCCUUAAUGGUACAGCGCAGAAGAUAGACAACAGCAGCUUUAAAUUUCGAUUUGGAUUGCGCGGUCAUCUUAAUACUGUCCGCACUGUAAUAUUCUCUGGAGGUGGAAGCCCUGGCGAGCCAGAGAUCUGCACAGCCGGCGACGACGGCUUGGUUAAACGUUUCCACAUUCCACGUGAGAAUCCAAAUCACGUAGGAAGCAUAUCAUCCGAUCUCGACGUACCUGCCGACUUUACUCAUCGCGGGCACACCGGUGCUGUGCUGAGUCUGGCGGCGUGGUCGCCAUCUCCUAACUUCUCUACUGGUGGUCGUGCCCAAGGCGAUGGCUGGAUCUUUUCCGGUGGACAGGAUGCGACUAUUAGGGUAUGGGAAAGGGGUAGGGUAGACCCCAAAGCGACUCUCGUGGGCCAUAGCGACGCCGUGUGGGCUCUCUGCGUCCUGCCCGCGACCCUCGGCGCCAUCUUUGGCCAAUCAAGCCAGCAUGGCACACCCGAUCGCAUCUUGGUCGUUUCCGGAGCGGCUGAUGGUGUCGUGAAGAUCUGGGCUGUGAGUGCGCCGCCACAGCUCACAUCACCACAACCGGCACCUCCUCGACGCGGCACAGGAAGCGGCCGAGUCAGGGGCAAUUCCAUGAGCUCCGGAUCACAAUUCCCAAGUUCGCCCCAACCCAACACGGCUUCCAGUUCACCUUUUAAUCACACCCUAGUCCAUGACAUUCGUCGCUCGAAUAAUUCUAAGGCGUCACCAACUUGCAUUACUCCAUUAUCAGCGAAUGGGGAAGCAUUCGUAGUUAGCUACUCGGAUGCUGCCAUCGUUGUAUUCAACACAAGGACGGGCGAGGAGAUCGGAUCCAUGACCAGUCUUGAAACCUACGAUAAUACGAUAAACACAGGCGUCAACGCUGUCGUCGCAACAACAGCUAGUCUAGACCAGAGUUCGGGCCCAGGGCUAGGCGACGAAGACACCAGUGGACCUACCGGCGGAAGUGGUGUGGCAGGUAGCGGCGUGGAAGGUGUCAUUAUAUCCGGGCACGAAGAUCGCUUCAUUCGGUUCUUCGAUGCGAAUAGCGGACAAUGUACAUACAACAUGCUCGCUCACCCGGCUUCCAUAUCAUCUCUAUCAUUAAGCCCCGAUGGUCGUGAGCUUGUUUCUGCCGGCCACGACGCAAGCCUUCGGUUUUGGUCGCUGGAAAAGCGAAGUUGCACUCAAGAGAUCACUAGCCACCGAAUUAUGAGGGGAGAAGGUGUGUGUGCCGUCGUGUGGAGUCAAGACGGCCGAUGGGUGGUUAGCGGUGGAGGCGAUGGAAUUGUAAAGGUCUUUGCGCGGUAAUAAGCGCCCCCCCAAAGGAGUUGAUAGGAGGGACAUAAGGGGACAAAAUUCAAGUAACUGUCUACAUGCAGCUGAGGAGUUGGUGGAAUUGUUUUACGGCAGGAAAGCACAUCUCACUCAAACAGAUGGUUUAGACCGCGGUGCUCUCAACUUGAUAUACCAUACGAGACAACGCCCGCAGUUCUUUUUCUUCUUUUUCCUCCAGGAAGAUUGCCAGCUUAACAUGCAUGGCCAAAAUGGGGGGAGGAUAGGAUAGGGGUAUCAUACUUUUAACAGCAAAGCUGCCUAUGUUUUGAGUCCCAAAGGCAGGCAGGUAGGGACUCGUGUAUAAAAAGAAAGCAAGAAAGAAAGAAAGAAAA